CGCCUUUGUGAAGUUCCAGACCCACGCGGAAGCGCAGGCGGCCAUUAACACGUUGCACGGAAGCCGCACGUUGCCCGGCGCCUCCUCAAGCCUAGUGGUCAAAUUCGCGGACACCGAGAAAGAGCGGGGGCUCCGACGCAUGCAGCAAGUGGCCAACCAGCUGGGCAUGUUCAGCCCCAUCGCGCUGCAGUUUGGGGCUUACAGCGCCUACACCCAAGCACUAAUGCAGCAACAGGCGGCUCUCGUCGCCGCGCACUCCGCCUACCUCAACCCCAUGGCGACGAUGGCUGCGGUCCAGAUGCAGCAAAUGGCCACCAUCAACCCCAACGGCCUCAUCGCCACCCCCAUCACCCCCAUCACGCCCUCCUCAGGUACCAGCACGCCGCCUGCUAUCGCCGCCACGCCAGUGUCCGCCAUCCCGGCCACCCUCAGCGUCAAUGGCUACAGCCCUGUCCCCACGCAGAGCACCGGGCAGCCCGCCUCUGAGGCCAUUUACACGAAUGGCGUCCACCCGUACCCAGCACAGAGCCCAGCAGCCCCCGUGGACCCCUUGCAACAGGCAUACGCCGGGAUGCAACACUAUACAGCUGCCUAUCCGGCCGCCUACGGACUGGUCAGCCCAGCCUUCCCGCAACAGCCAGCCACCAUCAUCACCCAGCAGCCGCCGCCGCAACAGCAGCAGCAGCGGGAAGGAGCUCAAAGCAGCUGGUCUUCACCAGGUCCUGAGGGCUGCAACAUCUUCAUCUAUCACCUGCCGCAAGAGUUCACGGACUCGGAGAUCUUGCAGAUGUUCCUGCCCUUCGGAAACGUCAUCUCCGCCAAAGUCUUCGUGGACCGGGCCACCAACCAGAGCAAAUGUUUUGGAUUUGUAAGUUUCGACAAUCCCGCCAGCGCUCAGGCUGCCAUCCAGGCCAUGAACGGCUUCCAGAUUGGGAUGAAGCGGCUCAAGGUGCAGCUGAAGCGGCCCAAAGACGCCAACCGGCCGUACUGAACUGGCGCUCCAUCAGGUCUGGAGCUCAAUGGAGGAGCAAUGUCCCGUCCCUCCCUUUCGAUUCUCUAUCCCCUUCCUACUCCCUAUUUCCCCCUCUCCCUGCUUUCUUCUGCGUCCCCAUAGAUCAUGGAAAGUGACUUCGUUCACCAGACCCAAGGGGGACCACGCUUUCCUCGCUGGCUCGAAAGAUCCUCAAGACGCACUGAUCCACUCCUCUGUCUUUGUGAGAACAAGAAUUCGGUAUCGGACAGGCUUACCCCUACCACCUCCCUUGCCACUGCCUCCACUUUGAUCCUUGCACCAUCGCACCCCCCAAAACAACCAGGGCGCACUGCAUGGGGGCAGUCGGUGUCAACAAGCGAUGCCCCCAAUCCAAGAACAUCCUUUGAUAACAGAAGCUCGAAUCGAGAGAUACAAAGCUGGGAGGACGAGAUCCUUUUUCAACACAGUCUCUCUUGAUAGGAAAGCUUGGAAGGCUGGACAUGGGGCCAAUCUAGAGAGGAACGUAACCACCUUUGGGGUCCGCAUUUCCACCAGUGUGGUUCCUUUGCACUACCUGGCACCAAAGGGGAGUGCGAUAGUAUGGCUAUAGGUACAGACCACUGCAGGACCACUCAUCUGUCCUUCAGACUGAGCCAGAAAGCUUUCCUAACCACCCAAAGGAAUAUAAUGUUGGUCAAGAGUACCCCCUGUUGCAGGGAAGGUGAAAAGAUCCAAAAGUAGAAAGG